AUGAAUUGGAUAGAAACAUUGAUUUUUCAGAACUUUUACAAGAUCAAAACAAUCAAAUACGAGAAUUUAAUAGCAUCAAUAUUCAGAUUUAUUAGCCAAAUAUGUUUUGAAAAAUAUUCUGAAGAUAUCAAAGAAUAUAUCAAAGAUAAUUUAUAUUUCAGCGAUGAAACAAUCUACUUCGGUUCAGUGAUUGCUAUGAAGGCAGGCUAUCAGUGGAAACAGCUCGGAACUGAACUUUUAAAUUAUCAUUUAAGCGCUGACAAUGCAUGUUUUCGCGUCAAAGUUGGAUCAUUGUGCGUAUUCAACACGUUUCUGUGUGAAUGCAGCGAAGAGAGCCAAUUCAGGAAAAUUUUCGAAAUUUGUGCAGAGAUACUUGAAUCCACAGAAUACUGCACACUUUCGAUGUUGCUUAUUAAAUUAUUGAUAAUGAUUAACCGCAUUUCUAUUGACGAACUCAAGAGUUGCGAAGAUCUCCUUAUGGAAAUCGUGGGAAGUGACAGCACUGAUGAUUUUGCUUACAAUUUAGCCGAAGAGCUAUUAAUAUUCAUUGACAAAAUAGGAGAAUAA